AUGUCAGAGUCUGCUGCAGUGAAUUCAACUGCUACCAAAAAGCAGCCUCCACAAAGUAGAUUAAAGCAAUUGACUAGUGCAUCGACAUGGGUUUCCCCUUUUAGAGGUCAACCCGAUGAAGAAGGUGCUGCCAAUUCAAAGAAAAAGGUCAAUUUGUAUAAACAAUUUAAAGAAGACAAUAAAGUGGAACAUAUCAAGGUUCCUGCCAAGUUUGCUCAUCAUCCUACAUUGGAAGCUGAAGAAAAGAAAAAGAAGAAGCAAGCAAAGUCAACAAAGUCAACAAAACCAGCAAAAAAGACUGAUGAUGCAAAGGCAAAGACAAAGUCAACAACAACAACAACAACAGACGAGAGGGUCAAGUCAGAGGAGAAAAAGCUCGAUGAGGAAGCUAAGGAAAAAUUAAUCGCUGAUGAACCAACCACAGAGGAGCAAAAAUUGGAAGAAGAGUCCAAGGAGAAAUUAAUUGCUGAUGAACCAACCACAGAGGAACAAAAAUUGGAAGAAGAAUCCAAGGAGAAAUUGAUUACUGAUGAAUCAACCACGAAAGAGCCAGCAGAUGACUCGAAGAAUAAUUUGAUUACUGGUGAAUCAACCACAAAAGAACCAGCAGAUGAGUUGAAGGAUAAUUUGACCACCGACCAAGGUUUGGAAAGAAAAGCAACUAAUGAGUCUAGAGAAACAUUGCUCAAGGAUGAGUAUCAAGAAACAAGUGAACCAACAGGACCUGCAGCUGAGGCCAAGGAAGAUACUGAAGCAGCUCAGGCAGAUAUCGAAGCUGCCAAUGCUGAUAUUGAGGAUGCCAAGAAAGUGGGUCAAGAGCAAGAAGACCUCGCUAAAAACCAUUUGGAGGGUGAUGAUGAAAUUAUCGAUACCAUCAAGGAACAUCCCGUUGACAUCCCAGCUCCAUCUCAAACAAAGUACGAACCAGUUGAUAGACCAAACAAGGAAAUUUUGGAGAAAUUGAAGGACAAACCAGUUUUGUUGAGACACUACCAGGAGCUUAAUGCCACCGCUGUUGGGUCCUUAGCUCACGAUUUAGAUGACCCCAAAAAGGUUAUUGAAUUGGGUUCAGGUUUGAGAUUGACUCAAGAACAAUUGUUGGAUAUGGCAGCAAAAAGAGUAGCUCCUGUGAUUACAUCCAUCAAUGAUGAGGUUUCCAAAACCAGACAAGAGGAUGAAAUCAAGAGGCAACAACUCUUGGAUCAAAAAGUCAAGAAGCACGAGGGUAAGUUGAAAACUGAUUUUGACAAGUACGCAGCUAAAGUCAACAAGAGAAAGGAGGUAGUUGAUCAAGAAAUUGAACGUAAGUUGACCAAUAUUGCCAACUUGGUUAAAACUUCAGACGAGAAUGCAAACAAGUUUGAAAAAAAGACUAGAGGAGAGAUCGAGACUGCAGCUAAGGAAUACGAAGAACGUGAAACUCAAGCAGCCGAGAAGCACGUCACUGAUAAGGAAACUCUUGAAAAGAAUCACGAGGAGUUGCUUGCAACCAAGAAACAAGAAUUGGAAGACUCUAAAGAGGGGCAAGAAAAGGCUACGCAAGAGAUUGAAGAUUUGAAGCAAAAAAAAAUCGACUUGACUGAAAAGAAUUCUGAGUUGGAUACCGAAAUUGAGAGAUUGAAAAAGAGAUUAGAAGAGGAAAAAGCCAAAUUGCAAGACUUGACCUCUCAACAUGAAUCUCAUCAAGAAGCAAUAGAAACAAACCAAGGCCAAAGCAAAGAAUUGAAUGAAAAGAUUGGAGGUUACCAAAAGGAUAUUGACGACAGAAAAACCACCCACAAGGGAUUGGUUGCUGAAGUUGGAGCUUUGGGAGCUUUAUUGGGUGCUUUUGCUGCGAAAUUGAGCGAUGUUAAUUCAGAUAAAGCGGAUAGGCCAAACAGACUUACCGAAGCCAAGAAUAAACACAGCGCUUGGCAGAAAGAAAAGGACCAGCUCGCUGAAGAAGCUGCAAGAGAGCACGAACGCCAAAGAGCUAUAGCAACUCAAGAAUAUGAAACUAGAAAGCACCAAGAAGAGUUGGAAAGAAAGAGAGAAAAGGAAGAACAAGAGAGACUUGAAAGGGAGGAGCAGGAGAGACAAGCCAAGUUGGAAGAAGAGGAGAGAAGAAAACAAGCUCAAUUAGAGGCGGAAGAGAAGGAAAGACAAGCCAGGCUUGAAGAGGAGGAAAGACAAAGAAAGGCUGAAGAGGAGGCUAAAGCGAAAGAACUAAAGGAAAAGGAAGAGAAACAAGCGGCUGUAGCCGAAAAGCUCAAGCUGAAGGAGGCAAAACAAAGAAACUUGGAAGAGGAGAGAAACAGACAUGAUUCUCUUUACCAAAAGGGUUCUUAUACCGGUGGUGAGUCAGAGUACCAUGAAGCUCAAAAGGAAAGAUUAGGUGACGAAAUCACAAACUUGCAAAAGAUCAAAGAAUUGAGAGAAGAAAGGGCCACUUACACUGGAGAGGAUCCCAAGUCUGAUGAACUUGACAAGCUAAUCAAGGAGAGACAAAAGGCGAUCAAAAAGAUUGAAAACAAGCAGGCUCAACCUUCUUUAAAUGAGCGGGCAGUAGCUGAAGAACCAACAUCAAGCAAAAACUUGGUUACUUCAGGCACUGGUGCUGCUGCCGGUACUGUAUUUGGACAAGAUUUGAUUAACGAACAAUCAAAAUUGCCAAGUGCACAAGAAAAUCCAGGUGCCGAUUAUGAUUUGAAGAAGAAGGGUGCUAUUCACGAUGAAGAUAAAUCGGUCCCCAAUUUUGAAAGGAACGAAGAUGAAAUCAAAAAGAAGGAACCCGAGGAGAAGAAAUCCGGCUUGGGAUCAGCAAUUGUUACUGGUGGUGCAGCUGGCGCCGGAACUGGCGCCGCUGUAGGAGCUGCCACUAGUUCAUCUAAUAGCGCCACGCCUUUAACUAAAGAGAGGUCAAACAGUCUUUCCGAUAGGUUCAAGGGGUGGGGAAGAAGACUUUCAAGGACUUCAACUGAAAAGUCCAAAGAACCAGCUGAGAAACCAGUUGAGAAACCAGUUUCUAAGGACGUCAAGAAGGAGAAUGUCGUGGGUGGCGUGACCAAAGAGCCUAAACCUUUUUCCAGGAAUGAGAACACCAUUGGUGGUUUAGGUGUCGCACCUAAAGGAAACGACACUGUUGGUGGACUCAAUGCAAAUGACACUGAAAACAAAACAGGAUUUGCUCGUGUAGUCCCCAAGGAAAAUCAAACUGUUGUUGGUGGUGUGAAUGCAAAUGAUAUUGAAUCAAAGGAUUAUCACAGGCCGGGCGCCGCUAUUGCAGCUGGUGCAAGUGAGCCACGUAGAGAUGAUGCCUCAUGGGAAGUUCAAUCGGUUUAUGAACUUAUUUCCGAUGGCGAAUAUGAAGCUAACAAGAACGACCCCAACUACUUUGCCGUCAAUGAAGAGGAGUACAAGAAACACAAGGAGAAGGAGAAAAAGGUUACAUUGCUUGAUAAAAUCUUUUAG